UUAUAGGCGCUCUUAUUAGUUGGUUGGGUUGGAAUCGAGCCUUUUAAGGUAUGCCUCUUAUCGUAGGUGAUAUGAAUGUAUUUUGGGAUGCUGAGGUUGAUAGAUAUUGGUUUUCUGCCAAUGAUCAUGAAUGUAUUUUAUGGAAGUUGACUUUGAUCAAGGCAGCAUGAGUUAAUUGAGGAAUUUGAGAUAUAACUCGUAGUUUUGGGAAAGGGAAUAAUUUUCUACUAAAAUGUAAUAAGAGUUUUGUUUAGUAGGAAUGGAGUCACCUUGUACUCGAUGGUGUUAGUUUCAUGAGGAUGUAGGUUUUAUAUGUGUGGCGAAUAUCAGAGUGCGCAGCAGAAGCGUGGUAUUUUGUUGUAGUCAGGAGUUUAGAUUGUGCUGGUUUGAGGAAUUAAUGAUGACUUGAAUUUUGAAAAGAUACUUGUAAUUGGAGAUUAAAUCAGCCUUCCUUCGAGAAUCAAAAUAUACGUUGAAUUGAGGAUUCUCAGAUUGUGCCACUGUGAGAAACUUCAAGAAAUUCUACAUCUUCCACCAAAUAUACAAGAGCUAUAUGCCAGAGAGUGUUUCUCCUUGGAACGAUUACUAGAAGUAUCAACAAAAUUUCAAUUCUAUAUGUCCUGUGGCUUGCGAGCGCUAAGAUUGACUGACUUGUUCGAUUGCCAUAAAUUGGUUGCAAAUAUAGGGAGUCAGGUUCCAAAACCUUCAUUUGUUGAGGAACAUAUUCAAGACCAUUCAAGUGGUAUUAUAUUUCCAGGGAAUAAGAUUCUAGAUAGGUUUAGCCAUUCUAAGGAGAUUUCAAAUGGUGAUGAUUCUUGUGAAUUGGAUAUUCGUGGGCCCUUGUAUUUGGAAGAAAUCAUAGGAAUUGUUUUCUGUGCUAUUCUUGGAUUCGACCGGGGUUUUCCCUUGGGGUCCUUCUCUGGUAUUCAUGUUUCUAUAAAUGGUAACAUGCUUGUAGAAGCAAGGUUUUACUUAUAUGGAGGCUCGGAUCAUGUAUAUCUAAAUUACUCGUUUCCAGAAUGUAUCGAGCAAUUGCUGCAGUACGCAACAGGAGAUAAUCUGAGGUUUAGAUUUUAUGGUGAUUCUUAUAAAGUGAUGAUUAAAGGUUUCAGAGUUCACAUAAUCUAUAAGCAUGAAGGGAAUGAGAGCUUAACAGUUGAGGAGUGCUCAGUAGGUUCAUCAAAUGGUAUCCAACUUUCUAAGAGAUGCCGAGAUGAUGAAGACAACAACUUGGAAUUCAAUGGAUAUCCACAACACAAGAGGCGCUCUUACAACUUGGGCAAUUCAAAUGUGGUUGUCGAUUGCGCAGGUGUUAACGGUGAUUUUGCGAAAGCAAAAGGAGGCUCUGACUCUGAGGGAAGUUUAAAAGAAGAAGAAGUAUCAGCCUCUCGAUCUGUCUUAAGAAGGCCAGGGAAUUCGGAGAAGGCUUACUAGGCAUCAGGAUUUUAUGCUGCCGGUUCAAAAGGAUUUCUCAAAUGAUCUGCAAAAGUCAAAGAAAAUCUGGAGGAAACAUGUGUGGGUGGUGUUGUUGCUAGACUUGUUUGUGUGCUCAGUGUUGUUCGUGAUAUGGUUGUGGGUCUGCAGGGAUUGAAUGGUUGAGACGAGGGCAUUUUGGUUCUCUCUUUCUGUGUUUUUUCUAAAGGCCUGGGAGGAGGUGGGGUUGGUUUUAGGACAGUGGCAUGAAUUUCACGAGCCAUUGGUGUAUGAUGAGGACGUAUAAGGAAGUGUUGUUGAUUUCUUCUUUUGGUAAUUUAUACUGCUCAUCUAUUUAAUUAUAUAAAAGCUAAGUUUUUAAUUGAUGACUUGCAUUUAGCCUGCACUAUUCAGUUAACUGCAAAGCCAAGUUUCAUUUGUACACCUUACAAACCAACAAACUACAAAGUCAAGUGGUGGUUUGGUUGCAAACCGUGCAAUGGUUUGCCGACAUGCUUCAAAACAAAUGGUCAAGUGGUGCAAUGAUACAAAUCAGAACUUGAAGUCCUCAUCGUCACCUCUGUUGUCCCUCAAAAGCCAUUUAAAGAAGCCAUCCUUCUCAAAAGCCAAUUGUUGAACCCAUCUCAUCCUCGCCUCUACUCUGAAAAAGACAGGAGAUCAGUGAGAAAGAUCGUCGAGGCUAUGGGUUGUAUCGGGGACGGAACUUGCCCGAACGAUGCACUCAUGAAGGCCGCUAAAGUACUUGAACAUCAAAAGGAGAGGAACCCCGUAGCCAAUUAUGCUUCUAUCCAACGGUCACGGAGACAGAGAGGUAUGGAUGGGCGUACGAAGGCUUACCUACUUGACGAAGGCAGCUGAUGGAGGCAACGAAGCACGACGGGGAGAAGGGGAUUGAGCGAUAUGCGAGAGAAAAUCCUUGAGGGAGUCGAAAAAUUGAAGUGGCACUGGGAGAGAAUAACUUUGGGAGAAACUGAAAAGGAAACCGUUGUUUCUGAUUAAGGGAGUCGUUUCUGCUUCCCUCUCAGUGGCCUCAACCCCACAGCGAGGAGCUCCUUCUCGCCAUGGAGGAGUCCGAUUUUGAUGAAAAGUAUCUUUCAACUAACCCCGUUUUACUUAGAUUCCACCUAAAGCUUGAUUUCCAACAAAAGUUUUAAUCUUUCGAUCUCUUUGUGAGGUUAUAGUCAAACAUUGCCUUCUGGGUUUUGCAAAUAAAACCAACCAUGCAUUAAAGAAGAUGAAUAUUAUGCUGUAUGAUUUAUAAACAUUUCUCCUAUCUACUGUAGGAUCAUGAAUA